AUGGCCAUAAAGAUUGCGGCGAAUAAAAUGUUCCAUUUUGCCCUGCGAGCGCUGCAACUCACCUUCGCCAUCAUCGUCAUGGGAACGGCCGGCUACGCUAUCCACAUAUUUCGCGGCCACACCGAAUACGUACACUUCGAUUUCGGCAACUUCUACAAUUACGUCGGUGUCCCUGAUGCGUGGGGCUUCUUAAUGUUCUGUGCUGGGUGGACAUUUUUGGACGUCAUCUUCGUCCUCGUUGCUGGAAUCAGGUUCGCGGAUCAUACAUUGAUUGGCUACGUUCGUGUCGGCGCCGAGGCUGUAGCUCUCUUAUCAUGGCUUGCUGGCUUCAUCGCUGUGGCUAUUAAUAUAGGAAGUAAUGGAUGCCCGGCAGAAGAAAAUCGCUGUGGGUUGCUGAAAGUGGCGACAAUCUUUGGGGCGUUGGAAUGGCUGCUAUUUGCGAUUACCACAACCCUGACCUUCAAGAUCGUAUUCAAAAGCGCUCGCCAGUCAGGGUCUUUGUGA